AUGGACUACGUCGACCCAAGCAAAGCUCCAUUGGAGUAUCAGAAAUAUGAAUGGAUUGCAAACCUCUCGGGGCUUGCCUGUGGAUCGCUUUGGUCCAUCCACUACUUCUUACAGGCGCGGCAGUCCCUUCGUGAAAAAACAUACUCCCAGGCCAUUUUUCCUCUUUGCGCCAACACAGCCUGGGAGUUUGUGUACACUUUUAUCUACCCCCCAAAACGUUGGGCAACCCGGGUAUCCAUUUGCAGCUGGUUCUUUAUGGGACUGACUGUCAUGUACUCGGCGGUUAAAACAUCGCCACGUGAGUGGGGUCAUGCCCCACUGGUGCAACGAUACCUUCCCCUCAUAUUCCUUUUGGCGUUUCUAUACUUUGUCACUUGGAACUUGGCCAUCGUGGGGACCUGGGGUCAGCCGAUGGCCGGGGUGUGGACAGGGAUCUUUUGCCAAAACCUGCUACUCCUGGGGUCUCUGUCCCAGCUGGUAGUACGUCAAGACAGUCGGGGUCUCUCUUACUCUAUCUGGCUCACGCGAUUUCUGGGGGCCGUAGUGAUGAUUCCAGGUCAUCUUGUUCGAUACUGGUACUGGCCAGCGGAGUUCUCGUGGUCCAAUUGUCCUGCGAUAAUAUGGGAGUCAACUUUCAUCAUCCUGUGUGAAAUUACGUACGGUGCUCUAUUGUGGUAUUUUCGACAACAGAAGACGCAGAAUAUGAAAAAAGCCGCCUAG